AUGGGGUUGGCAGAAUUGACGAAAGUAUAAGGGUUAUGGCAUCUCGAGCAUACACCAAAAGCAGAGGACUACGUGGUCUUACCAGGAAAACUUUCUUGAGAAGACAAGAUCAUUUCAUGUUUAUUUUGAUGAAUUGCUGAAUGUCAGCAGUCUUCAGAAAGAGUUUGAAAAGUUGGAAGAAGAAAACAGCAAUCUUUGUAAACAACUCCAGGAUCUCGACAGCAGAUGUGAUGAACUUUUACAAGAUUUAUUAAAGGAGAAAGACAAGGUUAAAAGUGUUGAAAUGGAGAGAGAUCAUGCCUUUCUAGAGAACCAAGAGUUAAAAGAAUACCUGGACUUUAUUGAAGAGACAACUGUGUGUAGUAGCUGUAGUUUAAAUCUGGAGAACACUGGGAAACCAGUUGAUAAAGUUGGGGAAUGA